AUAAUUCUCUUUGGGUUUUUAGGAUCAGCAUCUCAUGUUUGCUUCCUGCUUCUUGGCACUUCAGCAUCUCUCCGGUGGGAUGCCCGCGGAUUCUCAACACCACUUUGAGACAGAUCGUGGUGAUAGGAAUACUUGCUGCUGCUGUCUCUUUGCUUUACUACUCUCUGGUAGUCAUCCGCAAUAAGUAUGGACGUGCCUACAGGGACAAAAGAUUCCACAGGUAUCUUGCCCGAGUAACUGACACUGAAGCUACAGAUACAAACAACCCCAAUCUCAACUAUGGAAUCGUUGUGGACUGUGGCAGCAGCGGCUCUAGGAUUUUUGUGUAUUGUUGGCCAAGGCACAAUGGUAAUCCCCACGAUCUGUUGGACAUCAAACAGAUGAGGGACAAAAACAGAAAACCCGUUGUUAUGAAAAUUAAACCAGGCAUUUCGGAGUUUGCCAGCUCUCCUGAAAAGGUCAGUGAUUAUAUUUCUCCGCUUCUGAGCUUUGCUGCUGAACAUGUGCCACGUGCAAAACACAAAGAGACUCCUCUUUAUAUUCUGUGUACUGCAGGAAUGAGGAUUCUGCCAGAAAGCCAGCAGAAGGCAAUACUUGAAGAUCUGCUCACUGAUAUUCCUGUGCAUUUUGAUUUUCUGUUUUCGGACUCGCAUGCAGAGGUUAUUUCUGGGAAACAGGAAGGAGUAUAUGCAUGGAUUGGCAUCAAUUUUGUUCUGGGAAGAUUUGAACAUACAGAUGAUGAGGAUGAAGCGAUUGUGGAAGUGCACAUCCCAGGCAGUGAAAACAAAGACACCAUCUUUCGUAAGAGGACUGUGGGUAUUCUUGACAUGGGCGGAGUGUCGACUCAGAUAGCAUAUGAAGUCCCUAAAACUGAGGAAGUAGCCAAAAACUUGCUUGCAGAAUUCAACUUGGGCUGUGAUGCUCAUCAAACUGAGCACGUGUACAGAGUCUAUGUUGCAACAUUCCUUGGCUUUGGAGGAAAUGCAGCACGCCAGAGAUAUGAAGACAAUCUAUUUACCAGUACAGUGCUUAAAAACAGGCUGUUGGGCAAGCAGAUGGGCAUGACUUCUGAUUCACCUUACCUAGAUCCUUGCCUGCCCCUGGAUGCUCAGGAUGAGAUCCAGCAGAACGGACAGAUCAUGUAUUUGCGGGGAACAGGAGAUUUUAAUCUGUGUCGUGAGAUUAUUCAGCCAUUCAUGAAUAAGACUAAUGAAACACAGACAUCUCUUAAUGGUGUCUAUCAGCCUGCUGUGCACUUUCAGAACAGUGAAUUCUAUGGUUUCUCUGAGUUCUACUACUGCACCGAGGAUGUGUUACGCAUGGGAGGAGAUUACAAUGCUGCUAAAUUUACUAAAGCUGCAAAGGAUUAUUGUGCCACUAAGUGGUCUGUCCUACUGGAACGUUUUGACCGUGGUCUUUAUGCAUCACAUGCUGAUCUCCACAGAUUGAAGUACCAGUGUUUUAAGUCUGCCUGGAUGUAUGAAGUAUUUCACAGUGGCUUUGCUUUUCCUGUGAGUUACAGCAAUUUGAAAACAGCUCUGCAGGUUUAUGAUAAAGAGGUGCAGUGGACAUUGGGAGCCAUCCUUUACCGAACACGGUUUUUACCUUUAAGAGACAUCCAGCAAGAAAACUUCCGUGGAAGUCACUCCCACUGGAGGAGCUUCUCCUUUGUUUACAAUCACUAUUUGUUUUUUGUCUGUUUUCUGAUUGUGCUGCUCUCCAUCCUGCUUUACCUGCUAAGGCUCCGACGGAUCCACAGGCGAAUGCUGCGUAACAGCUCGUCUCCUUCCCUAUGGAUUGAGGAAGGCCUCCCACCACAGAAGAUCGCAGGACCCUUAUGAGAUGCUGUGAUGGAGAGCUUUGAUUGGACUUUUUACUCAAAAAAGCCAUUUUUGCCUCAGGGUUC